GAGUUGGAUGUUAAACAUUUUAAGUGUAAUGACUCAAUAUGUUGUCAUUUUUAAGGUACUGUUUAUUAUUUUGUAGAAGAUGUUGAAGACUGUACAACAAGCUUUAUUUUCGACAGGCCUGCAGAUGCCCAAAUUUAUUCCAGUUGAAACUCAGGCUGAAGAUUAUGAAGUUCGAAACUAUGACGCCACAAAGUGGGCCAGCACAUCAGUGAGUGAAAUGGAUUUUGAUUCGGCUCUAAACAAAGGAUUCAUGAGGCUUUUUAAUUACAUCCAAGGCAACAAUGACAAAAAGAUGAAGGUUGAAAUGACUGCACCGGUGACUUGUUUAGUUCAAGCUGGUGAAGGGCCUUUCUGCAAAAGCAGUUUUACCAUCUCCUUUUAUGUACCUGAGGAACACCAGUGUGACCCUCCCAAGCCAACUGAAGCAGACGUGUUCAUUGAAGACAGAAAAGAUAUGACAGUGUUUGUGAGGACAUUUGGUGGCUUUGCCAAUGCAGAAAAAUAUAAAGAAGAACUGAUGAAACUGUCUACUAGUCUAACUCGGGAUGGACAACAGUUUGAAGACAAAAUGUACUAUACAGCUGGUUAUGACAGUCCUUUCAAAAUAAUUAACAGACGGAAUGAAGUGUGGCUAAUAAAAAAACACUAACAACAGUAAAAACAUUCACUGUAGUUGCUUUGUGAUGCUGUAAUUCUAUAACCCUACUAACAGCAAUAUGAAUAUGCCUUUAUAUUAUGUUUUAAAUUUUAUAAACAUUAGCUGUCAUUUAACAUUACAUUAUUAUGGAAAAUUUAUUUUUUAUUAUGUAGAAUAAUAAAACACUUUUGUAUUAAUAAAAUGAAACAACUUUGUAUACCUGUAUCUUUUAAUACGGGUAACACAAAAGAGCAUUCCUGAACCUAUGAUUUUGCUUCUAACUAAAAGAUUGACACAUUGCAGAAAUACUUGGCAGCUAAUGUGAAUGAUAAUAAGAAUGUAUAUUUGCUAACAGAUGGUUACUGUUGUUUUAUUGCUUAUUAUCCACAUCAUAAACAAAUAUGGAACUAAUUUUUGUUUUUUUGUCCUUCAGAAAAUUGAUAUUUCACAAAGAAAUUGUUCCAAUUUCAUAUGAAAGGAAAAUAAAUACACUUGAAUAUCAGAGAAAAACUGAGUCUGACUUUUAAUGCUGAUAUUUCUUCUUGAAUCAAAUAACAUCAGUUGCACAAAAGGCAGCAUGUCAUCAGAGAAAUUCAGAUUAAGUGCAAGUUUCUUGCAGGUGGCUGACUUCUUCGCUGUUAAGCUGUCUGCAGGUGACUUGAUUUGCCUGGAAAAAGACCUAAAGCCUGGACAGUUUGCUGAAUUCCAACAGAGUGGCACAGCAUAAUAUCAGGCUUAGGGAGUGGACUAUGAGCUUAAACUGCAUAUCCCAUAAAUCAAAAAAUUGUUGUCUGUUU